UACAGUUCCACUCCCCAUAAUCCCACCCCUCUCCCCACAUACAGAGGCCCGCCACCGUCCCUCGACUGCGCACUGCCGCUCUCGCCCGUCACUCCUUCUCGACGCCCCGCCGUCCCUCUAGUCGACGGUUCUACUGCCUCUGUACAUAAACGCCCCCCAGCUGCUCUUUGGCUCGCCCUGCGCUCUCGCCUAGUUCAGCUCGCUCCUCCGCACUCGUCUUGUCAGCGUUGGCCCCCCCCGCUGCAACAUCGCCCGAAUCCGGCCUAUACUCGGCGCCGAAUUGAAGCAUCGCGAGUUCACUCUAGCCAUUGCCGGCAAUCGCGCACUAUCCGGACUGGAUCCAUUCGCCGUCGUUGCCUCAGCCCCUCGGCAUCGCCCUACCCACAUUGCAACACGCUUGCCCUGAGCCGAGCCUCGCCUCUGCUGGAACUAAUCCCUCUGCCUCACAUUCCUUUGGCCGGCACCAACCUGCGUUUUUCUUUUGAAAACAAUUACCCUGGCUUUUGGUAA